GGUGAUGAAACAAUGGCAGAGAUAGAGUGGGAUACACUAUCCCUGCAGGAGGUGAAGGGAUAUGUCAAAGAUCAUAUGGAGCUCUAGGAAUCCAUGAAAUUUUAUUUUUUCGAUUCAUGGGCAAGAUAUGGUGAGUGGUUUGGUGGUUCUUAACGAUGACAACAUGUGUGUGAUGAUGGCAGUUGGAGGAGUUGCAGAUGUGUUUGUCAAGUGAUUUUGAUUUUGAGAAUGAAGUUUGGGACUUGAGUGAUAUGGAACCUGAUGCAGUGAUAACAAGCAUGAGCACUCCGAGAUUAACUUCAAAUGAUAGUUUUUUGUGUCCCCUUAGUUCAACCAUUUACUUUGUAGAUUUUUUUGUCUUACUCCACUAACAAAUGAAAAUUAUUGGUAUUCCCAAGUCUGGCCAACUGGCUAAGACUCCAAUGACAUGAUGGUGCCAUCCCCCCAACUCUUUGCAUAAACCACCUCUAGAAAAUCAGAAUGAUAAUUUGAUGUAUUGGUUUGAUAAAAGGGCGGUUAACCGCGAACCCGACCCUUUCCUCUCACGCGCGUCCCCCACCCCCCGUCGCGGCGACGCGCGACCCCGUGCCUCCUCCCUCUCUGUUCCUCUCCUCCCCCUCUCCCCGUCGACGCCGUCGGCAGAGGUUGCCGGGCGUGGCUCAGGUGGCGCCGGUGGCGGCGGCUUGUCUUUCCCAACGCCAUGGUUGCAGGAGGCGGGGCUUCUCCGGCUCCGGCCAUGGUGGCGGUGCGGCUUGGGCGGUGACGGUCCGGCUCCGGCCGGGAGGUGGCGGUGCUUGCAUACCUGCGAGGCGGCGCAGGGAGGCGAGUGGCAGCGCGAGGCAGCUCGGCCACGGUUUCGGUGGCCUAGAUCGGGGCCCAUAUGGGUCGAAACGGGUCGGCUCGAUCUAAUGCAUGUUUGGCGGUGGGGUGCGAGGUAGGAGGUGCAGGAGCAGCGACAACAAUGGUUGUUCGGUUGCAGCAUGCCUGUGGGCUUCACGAGCCUAAUCUAGACCCAGUCGGACCCUGGUAGGACUACGGUGCCCCCGAGAGGGCUUUACAGGCCUGACCGCCUGGCCGGAUCAGAUGGCUGUCUCUCCACCGGACACAGAUCCUUCCUCAAGAUUCGCCCCGUGAACGAAACUAAUAAAGGCGUGCUUCACGGCGGUUUGAACCUUGGCGGGUCGUGCGCACCGAGCCAUCUUGAUGAUGUCGGUGCAGGUGUCCGGCUCAGGCUCCGACUCGCCGGUCUUGCCGAUGAAGAUGUGGAUUCCGACAAAGGGGACCCGGUACCCGUAUUCGAUUGAAUCGGGUCGGGACCCUAGCCUGCAUCGUCAAUGUAGAUUUUGCCACGACAACUCUUGGUCAUCUGGCCCACGGCGUAUCCCUUGAUCCCUGAGAAGCUGCCCUUCAAGAACUCGAAACUACCAUGCGCUGGCCCCAUGGUGGGCGUCAACUAUCGUGGUUUUAUCAUGGCAAAUGCUCUAGUGAAAGGACUUACGUGUGGAGCCAUCGCAACUAGGUUAGCUUAAAGGGAUUAAACAAGAGUUUACCCAGGUUCGGCCCCUCUCAAUGAGGUAGAAGCCUACUCCUGCUUUUAGUUGUAUUGCUUGGGUUUUGAUUACCAGGGAGUGAAUACGCUUGACCUAGUUCUCGAUCGGUUGUUUUCUUAAGUUAACUCGCCGCCGGGUCACCCCUUUAUAUACAGGUUGAUGCCCGGCGGCUUACAAAAUCCCAGCCGACUCAUACAAACGUAACCGGCUCGGUUUCUAACUAAACCCGCCUUACAGAACAAGUUAACAUAUGGCGGCUCACGCCUUUGGGCCUCAAGUCGCCUCCGGGUCUUGGGCCUUCAAUAAGCUUGCUCUAUGAACCGCCAUCUUCAUGUCUUCUUGGACCUUAUCGGGCCUCUUCGUCUUUAAGUCGCCAAGGGCAUGACCCGACCCCUCCUGUGCGGGUUAUACCUAGGAGUUAUAUCCCCAACAGAAGGCGGAUAAGAGAUCCUUUCUAUCAGCUUUGGCCAUCGGCAGAUUGAUUGUGUCCAUAGCAAGAAUGAAAAGCAUAGGAGAGAGAGAGAGAGCAUCUCCCUAGCGAAGACCACGACCAUGCCAUAUCGGGGAACACAUAGAUUAUUGGCAUAUGUGCGAGCUUGUGUCUGACAAGAUUGCAACACAUAGUUGCGAACAUCAUCACAAUUGAUUGGAGAGAUGAAGCCCUUCAGAAGAUUGCAACUCUGUCCUGAGACGCCUCUAAAAAUCUCCAAACGUCAGUCGGUGAUGCACGAAGGAAAAGGAUAACAUCAUCGGCGUAGAUAGAAAGCCUUUGAGACACCGUGUCGGGAGGGAAGGCGGAUAAGAGAUCCAUGCUAUCAGCUUUGGCCAUCGGCAAAUUGAUUGGGUGGACUGGACCAGUUUUAGAGAAAAGCAUCCUGGUUGUUGCUUACUAAUUUGACAAGCUCGGGUCGAGGCGCCUCGCAAGAACUUUUUGAGAAGUUCUUCGCGAAGCUGCGAGCUAGACUUAUGGGUCUACAAUCCAACCAAAUGUUAGAUAGGUAUAUCCAUCUAUACCUAAUAAUAAAGGGGGCUAUUGCUUCUGACGGUACAUCACGAAAAUUGCCCUCAAAGUUGCAAAAUAUUACCCAUCAAUGCCACCUAUAAGUGAUAAAAAAAUCGUUCCACGCAGGGGAAUCCCCUGCCUGGGCCGGCCCAUGUAGUAGGGACCUCCUAUAUUGCGCUCUGCACGCUGGGAGAAGACGCAGCGUGCCCGUUUGGGCCUGCCCAUGUCCAGGCGGCCUGUUUUUUAAAUUUCGUUUUUCCUUUUUUUUUCUUUUCUGUUUUCAUUUUUUUCUACUUUAAAUAAUUUGAGACUUAAAAAAUUCCAAAAAUUUAAAAAAUUGUACUUUUGAAAUAAAAUGUAUAAUAAAUCAUGAAAUGUUUGUAGAUUCAAAAAAUGUUCACGAUUUUUUAAAAAAUAUUUUCUUAUUCGAAAAGUUUGAAAUUUUGAAAACAAAUGUUCAAGAAAUCGGAAAAUGUUCAUGUUUUCUAAAUACUUUGUGUAUUAGAAAAUGUUAAUGAAAUUGAACAAAAUCUUGCCAAUUCAAAAAAAAGUUCAUCAAUGAAAAACUAUCCUAAAAGUUCAAAACUGUUCGUGACUUAGAAAAUAGUUUAUUCAUUCGUAAAAUGUUCGCUGAUUCAAAAAAAGAUCAUGCAUUUCAAAAAAUGUUCGUUAAAUAAAAAAAUGUUCGUUGAUUCUAGAAAUGUUUGCCGAUUCAAGAAAAUUGUUUCAAUAUUUUUGGCAAAUAGUAUAAAAUGUUCAUGAAUUCAAAAAAUGUUCUAGAUUUUAGAAAAUGUUUGAAAAUUUGUAAAAGUGUUCACGAAUUUGAAAAAUGUCACGCUUUUAAAUAUGUACACAAGUUUAAAACAAUGUUCAUGAUUUCAAAAAUUGUUCUUGGUUUCACAAAAUUAAGAGUAAUAGUGUAUCUCGGUGAUGCAGCAAAAUGUGGUCAUCGCCAUUGAAGAUUUGAAGUUAUGAUUUUUUUUCUCCCGUAGCAACGCACGAACUCUUUUGCUAGUGUCUAUCUAUAUGCCCAAGUCAGUUCCUUCGACUAGAAAAAUUCAAAUCGGAUUAGCGUAUGACAAGUUGACAACAAGUGGUCACGUCAUGUUUUUGCCAAAACAAAAUGGUCACGUGAAAAAUGAGAGAGAGAGAGAGAGAGAGAGAGAGAGAGAGAGAGAGAGAGAGAGAGAGAGAGAGAGAGAGAGAGAGAGAGAGAGAUUAUCAUCAGUGACCAAGCAACAAGAGCGUAGCGUAUGGAGUGAGCAGGGCAGGGAGGAUGAAGGAGUAGUGCGUUGCGGGCAUACGUACGGAGAAGAGAAUGUACGUCAACGUAUACGAGAAAACAAGGAAUAAGAAGGUUUAUGCUGGCCGUGUUAACCGCGUCGCUGCUGCUUUGCCGGCAGUGCGCGCCACUCCGUCCGGAUAUGUUUAUCAACUCUCCACGCACUAUAUAUCCCCAAAUAGCUCCCGUGCCUUUUCCACAUCAUUCGCUCACGUCCAUUCAGUUGCAUCAACUUCACUUUGUAGCACCCCCUUGCUGAUCAUAUCAAACGGAUUAACCUAAUCACGCUACCGAAUUCCCCUCUCCUGCCUAUUGACAAUGGUCGCCAUGCCCUUUGCAUAGCGCGCGCGGGGACCGUGUGUGCGUCCUUGUGUUGCUGUGUCCGGCGAAGCAAGAAACAUGGGGGCCAACGGCCGCAGCGACUGCGAGCACCACUCGCCGUCCUCAGCCCAAUCGCCCCGCCGUGGCGGCGGAGACGAGCACCACUCACCGUCAAUUAACUGCCCGCGCGGCGGCGCCGCGCCGUCCUUCCUGCUAGCAGCCGCGUUGCUCACUUUCUCUCUGUCCAUCGGCGUCACGGUCACACUCGCCGUCACGUUCUCCACGUCAUUGUCGCUGUGCCCUGUGCCGGCCUUGUUCUUCCCGGCCACCAGCGCUAGGCUCUUCCAGCCGGAGCCGGACGUCCCGCCCCCGGGGCCGGCCGCCGACGUGCCGCGGCUGGCCUAUCUCAUCUCUGGGUCCAGAGGCGACCUGGACCGGCUGUGGCGGGUGCUGCACGCGCUCUACCACCCGCGAAACCUGUACGUGGUGCACCUGGACCUGAAGUCCCCGGUGGAGGAGCGAGUGGAGUUGGCGGCGCGGGUGGGAAACAACACUGUUUUCCAGCGCAUCGGCAACGUCGAGGUGAUCCGGCGCGCUGACAUGGUGACGUACCGCGGGCCGACGAUGGUGGCCCACACCCUGCAUGCAUGCGCCAUGCUCCUCCGCCGCAACCGCGACUGGGACUGGUUCAUCAACCUCUCUGCCUCCGACUACCCGCUAAUGACCCAGGACGAUGUCCUGCAUGUAUUCUCCACGUUGCCGAGGAACGUCAGCUUCAUGGAGCAUACCAGCAACCUGGGCCACAAGGCGGACGGCCGGGCGAAGCCUCUGAUCGUGGACCCGGGGCUGUACAUGUCGGCGAAGAAGGAAGUCUUCAACGUGUGGCCGGAGCGGGAGCUGCCGACGGCGUUCAAGCUGUACACGGGGUCGGCGUGGGUGGUGCUGUCGCGGGACUUCGUCGAGUACGUGGUGUGGGGCUGGGACAACUUGCCGCGGACGCUCCUCAUGUACUAUGCCAACUUCGUCUCCUCCCCGGAGGGCUACUUCCAGACCGUGCUCUGCAACGCGCCCGGCUUCGUGGGCACCGUCGCCAACCACGACCUGCACCACAUCCAGUGGGACGUCCCGGCGAGGCAGCACCCGCGGGCGCUCGGGCUCGAUGACAGGGACGACAUGGUGGGCAGCGACGCGCCAUUCGUGCGCAAGUUCGAGCCGGACGACCCCGUGCUUGAUGUCAUCGACGCCGACCUUCUGCUCGGCCAGGGGAGGAACGGCACGGCGUCCGGGAUGUUCGUGCCCGGCGGCUGGUGCGGCCAACGCGGGGACUGCGGUGCCGUCCGUGCCAAUGUCGACGACAGGGUGCUCAGGCCUGGGCCCGGUGCCAAGAGGCUGCGAAGGCUCAUGAACAAGAUCGUCAGGUCCGACGCCUUUGCCAAUAGCCAGUGCAAAUAGCAAUGAAUAUGGUUAGACCAUCUCUAGCAGACCCCGCAUCCCAUCGAUCCAAAAAACACGUUUGCAGUUUGCAGAAAAGAGAAUUUGUGGGCCGGCACGGACAGCCGCAGAGGCAGACCCCCAAAUGGACCCGUAUAAAAGAAUAUUCGCGGAAUAUAUUUUUUACGAGUCGGCUUUUUGCGGGGUCUGCUCGGGCACCGCCGCAUCGACCUGGAAACUGAAAACGCCCAAUUCUCGAAUUUGACAUAGGUUCCGACAAAUGUUCAAAUUCAAACAACUUAACACAGUUUACGCGUAAAUAAAAGUUUCAGUUUAGUAGGACAAACGAAAAAGAGGGUCUUGCAAAAGUGACAACCACGUCCGGCAUCAUCUUGGUCGAUCUUCACUCCGCGUCAUCGAGUCCAUCUUGAAGUUCAUCGCCACCACUGAAUCCACCUCUGGCGCUUGUUCCAACUCCCGCACCGAAAUCAUCGACAUUGGCACCAUAUGGAGCAGAGAAAACAUCUCCAGCACUGUAACACGCACCGGCCGGCGCAACCAUUCUCCUCUUCAAGAUUUCUCUCCUUGCCAUAUCAUGCCAUUCUUUGGUGAGGUCGUCCAUGUCAUUGCGGUUCAUUGUUAUGAUCUUUGGUGAGGACCCCGAUUGCUUUUAUAGUGUUUGGGGUGGUAUCGCUGCGCUCAGAACGCUGCUACACACAUAAUAUACUCUGGACGAUUUUCGCACGAUGGUACACAUCAAGCCGUCCAUGCGCAAGGGGAAAAGAGGACUGCACCGUCCAAUCCUGUGUCAUGCACAGUUCGGCCGGCCACUGUCGUCCGCCUAGUGGUUUCGCUGCACUCAACACCUACGUAUCCUGUCUUGGGUGUGUGCGUAUGUUGUGAUGACAUGCGUUUGUGCCGUUAGUUGAUGAAAGUUGCUUUAUAUAUAAAGCGAGCCAAAAAUCUUUUUUAAAUAAAAACAGGUGGAGUAUUACAGUGAUUUGACCCGCUCACGUGGACUAAGAAUGAUUGACGGAUCACCUACUCACUUGUUGUUGUCAUGUCAGAAGAAAAAAUGACGGUGUGGAUCAUGCAAGUUGUCACCAAGAAAGCAUGCGUGAUUGGCUCAACGGGCCCCAAACGGUAUAGAUAAUGAAUGUACAAAACCAGCUGAAAUUUGCGUGUGUAUGCGACUUUUUUACCCCUCCGUGUCCCACAUUUUCACACCGCGCACGAGGGGGCAGACUCUAAGAUGACGUCUAUGCUAUAUCUCCUCUCAGAUUGCUACUCAUCUCUGUUCCACGUGUGCUUAAGAUAGUGCAAAAAUGAGUUGAGUAGAGAUACGUCUCUGUCAGCGUGCAAGGCGUGCAUGUAUAACAAAACCGAUGAUGUGCAUGCAUGUCAUUUUUUAGUCGACUUGCAUGGAAUUUGAUAUAUGCGUACGACGACUAGAUCAGAGGUAAUCCAACCGACGUAAUGAAGAUUAAAGAAAACGGAGACAUGAUAGAGUAUCGUUGCGUUUUGCAUGAUCCUCUGGUGCGUCUUUGUUGGUUCGACCACUUGACUCCGGCAUUGAGAAAGUCGCGCCAUUUCAACGACGUUGGCUCACCCGGUUUUGAGGUAGAAGGGCAGAGGGCCAUGGAAUCUAGGCCGAUGGAUGACCACCGUUGAAGGCCACGCCGACCGCGAGAGCGGCAGAAGCAGCAGAAGGCUGGGAACAAGAUGCAGCAGUAGCAGCAACGGCAAGGGGUGGUGUUGCCCAGCGGUACGCGCCCGGGCAAGCUCCAAGGACAUUUUCUUAGUUUCUUCCUCGUCUGCCCAGGCAGAGGCAGACACAAAAUACUACUGCUUCUCGCUUUGAAUUGGAUCCGAUAUGUUAAUUAGUGAUCGGAAGUCCUAGUUGAAGAGCUUUGAAUGACUUCACCUUCUUUUAAAUCACACGGUAAUACUAUUAUUGAGUACACUGUAUUUAAGUUUAACAAUGCUAAGUGAAAUCAACCGUGGGUGUCAACGAAUCUGCUUACAGAAAAAAAGAAAAAAAAUCGGAUGCCAUUAUUUGCCAACGGCAGAACCUCCAUAACAUUACCACAGACCCUAUGAAAUGUGACCAAAUGAUAAGAAGUCAGACUUUAAGAAGAAAAUUAUCGCACAUGUGCAGAUGUUGAUGAGUUCAGCCAACACGAGAAUUUUCUUCCCGAAAGCGGGCUUCAAGCCAACACCUUCAACAAGGAUAACACACACACAUCGACAUUAUCGGA